AUGACAGACUUCAACCCCAUGAACUCUGUCGACAUCAACGCCAUUGAAGAAAAGAUGAAGGCCGCCGCCCUCGACCAGCACCGGGGCUAUGCCCAGAACCACUACGGCGAGGUCCAACAGUACCGCAGCACCGAAUAUGUCCCCAAGUCGUCGGCCUGCGGCUACCAGGUCCUGCGCGAGCCUGCGUGGAACAAGGGCCUCUCCUUCACCCCCGAUGACCGCGUCUCCAAGAACCUCACCGGCCUCAUCCCCCACGUCAUGGAGAGCAUCCAGACGCAGAGCGCCCGCGCCAUGAAGAUGAUCAACACACGCUCAACGCCCAUCGACAAGUACAUGUACCUCUCGACCCUCAAGGACCAGAACAUGGACCUCUUCUACCGCGUCAUCAUCGACAACAUCCGCGAGCUCAUGCCUCUUGUCUAUACCCCCACCAUUGGCGACGUCUGCCUCCAGUACUCCUCCCUCUACACACGCCCCGAGGCCCUCUACAUCUCCAUCAAGCAGCGCAAGUCUAUCCGCACCAUGCUGAGGAAUUGGCCCUACCCCGACCCUGAGAUUUGUGUCGUUACCGACGGCUCUCGCAUUCUCGGUCUGGGUGAUCUUGGCGUUAACGGCGUUGGCAUUUCGAUUGGCAAGCUAGCCCUGUACACGGGUGCCGCUGGUGUCGACCCCUCCAAGACUCUGCCCAUCGUUCUCGACACGGGCACCAACAACGAGGACAACCUCAAGGACCCCUUCUACCUCGGUCUCCGUCACAAGCGCGUCUCUGUGGAGACGCAGCAGGAGUUCAUGGACGAGUUCAUGGAGGCUGCUACUGAGGUGUUCCCCAACAUGGUUGUGCAGUUUGAGGACUUCGACACCGAGAAGGCUUUCAACUACCUCGACCGCUACCGCAACAAGUACCGCUGCUUCAACGACGACAUCCAAGGCACUGGAGCUGUCGUUCUCGGUGGCUACAUUGGUGCUGUGAACCUGUCUGGCGUUCCUCUUGAGGAGCAGAGGCUGGUCUUCAUGGGAGCCGGCUCCGCUGGUGUUGGUGUUGCCAAGCAGCUCGUCGAGUACUACACUCGUCGCGGCCUCAGCGAGCAGCAGGCGCGUGAGAAGUUCUGGCUUGUCGACACCAAGGGUCUUGUCACCCGUGACCGUGGUGACAACCUGGCCGAGCACAAGAAGUACUUCGCUCGUACCGAUAACAACGGCCACCAGUUCCGUACUCUCGAGGAGGUCAUUGAGUACGUCAAGCCGUCGGCCCUGGUUGGUCUCACGGCCACCUUCGGCGUCUUCACCGAGUCCACUGUCCGUGCCCUCAAGGCUUCUGUCGACUCUGGCGGCCUUGGCCGCCGUCCCAUCCUGUUCCCUCUGAGCAACCCUCUCACCAAGGCUGAGUGUACCUUUGAGCAGGCUGUGCAGUGGACCGACGGCAGUGUCAUCUUCGCCUCCGGCUCCCCCUUCUCCCCCUUCACCAUGAAGACCCCCGACGGCCAGGCCAUCACCUACCACCCCAACCAGGGUAACAACGUUUACGUCUUCCCUGGCCUCGGCCUCGGUGCCAUCCUCUCCAAGGCCACCCACGUCACCGAUGAGAUGGUCUACACCUCGGCUGCUGCGCUCGCCGAGUCUCUCAACGCCGAGGAAAUCUACAAGGGCCUCAUCUACCCCAACAUCGAGCGUGUCCGUGACGCUAGCUUGGUCGUUGCCCGUGAAGUUAUGAAGGCUGCCCGCAGGGAAGGCGUCUCAAAGCUCCCUGAAUCCCAGUGGAUCGAGUGGGAAGAGUGGGGCGAUGUUGCCCUGACUGCCUACAUCAAGGACCGCAUGUAUGACCCCAUGUCGUUCGGUACCGAGAAGGCCCGCUUCUAG